AUGAUGCAAAGCAGUGAAACAACUGCAGGACAGCCACAGUAUGGACAGAGGAUGAUUUUUACAGGUCCAGAUGGAAUCGGAGACUAUAGGCCAAGAUCCAAUUACUUUACCCGGUACAUCGGUGUGGGUGCCACAUCACCUGAGGCCACAGGUGACCUCAGUUACCUGUGCCGAGCUCCACCAGAUGCCCUCCCACCCAUUCCCAGGCAGAGCUAUGUGGGGGAGGUGGGCUGGGGAUGGCAAUAUAACCAGCUGUUAAACAGUGGGACGCUGCUCAGCAAUAUGCAAAUUAAGAAAACAGACAUACGGGCAUCGUUGGAGAACAGAGUCACUCAAAAGUUUCAGAUGAAUCAGAACAAUGUAUCCACACUCCAACAAACAAAACACUCCACAUAUAGUAAGAGUGGAAGAAUUGCUCAGCUGAUAGCAGAGGAGGGACAAGAGUGA